AUCAGUUUUCCCUAGUGCUCUCCGGUCAUCAUUCCAGGCAGGCAUUAGCAGAGCCGUUUGGGUCAGCUUGAAUCCCAUUGUUCAAAGCUCUCUCCCCCCACCCCACCCCACUAGGAUUUUUUCCUGUGUGCCCACCUGCCUCCUUCCAGUCUCCAGAACAUUAAAUUCUCCCCCCCCCAUUGACAUAUUUCUCUUGGCUCCUGUGACAUCUGUGCCAGAAUUUUUCUUGCUGCCCUUACCGUGGGAACAUAAAAGAUUGACCUUUCCUCGCUCAAGUGCCGCGAUAGCAAUGAGUAAUGAAAGGGGGCAUGGAUGACGAAGAUAUCUGGGGCAUGGACUGCAGAGUUGCCUGCUGUGCAAGGUGUGUGUCAAGCACCCUGCUUCAAAGAGGCACCAAGAGCCCUCCUGGGACUCAGUAACAGAAGCAACAGCACUGGAGAAAGAUGAGAUGAGCUCAGACUGAGAGAACCUGCUGAGGAUCGCCCAUUGAAAUGACUUCUGAUCUUGCACCUGGGAGAUGAAAGAGACAGACAACAGCUGAACAUGUGGACCGUCGUAAUAAUAAUCCUUUCCACUUCGACACUAACUGUCAGAGCCUUUAUUUCAUCAUGUGAAAUCAUGAAAAUUAUGACAACAGAAGAAGAACUCUGCAGCUUGGUCCUCUCCAAGGAAGAAGUGAAUGCGACAACUGGAAAUGAAUCACUUGGGAGUUCAGACAGAUGCCUUGGAAUGUGGGAUAAUAUAACCUGCUGGCUGUCUUCUUCCAUUGGGCAAACAGUUAGCGUUCCUUGCCCCAAAGCCUUCCAAAUGGUAACUGGGAAAACAGGGUUUAUAUAUCGUAACUGCACCAAGGAUGGCUGGUCGGAAAAAUAUCCAAGACCCUAUAUUGCUUGUGGUUUAAAUGUGGAAGAGAUUAAUGCCCCUAUAGUUGCGUGGCAGCGUAGGGUGUCUUACCUGAGGAAGUUGGAGAUUGUGUACACCAUCGGAACCAGCGCUUCUCUGGUGGCGCUGACAAUUGCCUUGGGCAUUCUGGGUUCUUUCAGGCGGCUUCGCUGUACGAGAAAUUGCAUCCACAUGCAGCUCUUUGCAUCGUUCAUUUUGCGAGCUUUGGCAAACUUCAUCAGAGAUCCUGUGCUAUCUGAAGACAUUGAUGAUACAGUCUACUGUGAAUUAAACACGGGCCGAUGUAAGAUUAUCAUGGUCUUCAUUAACUUCUGUAUUAUGGCUAACUACAGCUGGCUUCUUGUGGAAGGGCUUUAUCUUCAUACCUUGCUGGUGAUGUCUUUCUUCUCCAAAAGAAAGUUCUUCUGGUGGUUUGUGGUUCUGGGAUGGGGCACUCCAACUUUCUUUGCAAUUGCAUGGGUCAUGGCCAGACUAUUACAUGAGAAUGCUGGAUGCUGGGAUACUCAUCUUACAUAUGCCCGGUGGCUCAUUCAAGGCCCUGUAGUAGUUUCUAUUGUUAUCAAUUUUGUUUUGUUUGUUAAUAUUGUGAGGAUUCUAAUGAGCAAACUUAGAUGGCCAGAUGGAAGGAACAAGGAUUCCAGUCAAUACAAGAGACUCACAAAAUCCACACUCAUCCUCAUCCCUCUCUUUGGAGUCCAUUACAUCAUAUUUGCUUUCUUCCCUUUCGAUACCACGAACGGCACCAUGGAGAUUCAGGCGCUGUUUGAGAAAGCCAUAGGAUCUUUCCAGGGCUUUGCUGUGGCUGUGCUUUACUGUUUUCUUAAUGGAGAGGUCCAGCAGGAGAUUCACAGAAAAUGGCGGCAGUGGCGCUUAAGAAAACACAUUCAUUCACAGAAGCAUCACAGCUGCACAUUUCCUAAUGAUGUCAGUGGAUUCACCCAGGUGCUGCAGCUGAAGAAGCCCAGCCCCCAGGAGGAAAGGGGACCUUAUGCCCCAAAUCUGAGUCAAAUGUGAUGGAUCUUGUGCAGGGAAGAACUAAUUGCUCACUCGGAGGAGGGAACUGGAAAGCUCAAGAAUUGAGAUUACGGAUCUGAAAGCUAAAUUUGCCCCUUAAUUAGCUGUGCAUGGAGUCUGGCUUUGUUGGUGCCCAGAAUCUUUAUUAUCCCCUGGAGGAUUUUUUUUUUUUACAAAGAAGAUAUAUGAAGAUUUGUUUCCUGGUGGAAGAUUCCCUUCUGACUCCACCAUUCUAAGAUGCCAUUUUCUAGUGGGAUGUGAGUGCCAGACUAAAGGGCUUUUCUGAUUUGUUUUGUACUGCUGAAUAUUGUGCUGCAUUGAAUAGUUUGGGCAAGACAUGACUCAUGCGCUCCAUUUCCUUGGGGAAACAUUGUGUUGUCUGGAGACACUUUGUAGAAUACAAGCUUUAAAACACGCACAGGCUCGCGUGCACACACACACACAGAGCAAAUCUCUAAAAUUACACCCUUAACUGGCUGCAGGAUUCAGCAGUGGAUUGUGAUCAGCACUGGAACUAGAUCUCACAGGUUUGCAGCUUUGGACUUGGACAUUCAGCUGCCAUGAUGGCUGCAGGAAUAUUUCUUUAAUUACUUUUCUUUCUCAGAAGAUGAUGUCUCUUCUCAGCCCUUGUAUCUGUUGUUCAUGCUUUUGUAAUCUAGAGGCUUGACUGCUGUAACACAUUCUGUGAAGAGCUGCCUUGAUAUUUCAAGAGUAAGGAAGUUGGGUUUCCUUGGGGUGCCAUAUCUAUUUCUCCAUCUUCUACCUUGAUUUCCUAUUGCAGGCAUCCCCAAACUGUGGCCCUCCAGAUGUUUUGGCCUACAACUCCCAUGAUCCCUAGCUAACAGGACCAGUGGUCAGGGAUGAUGGGAAUUGUAGUCCAAAACAUCUGGAGGGCCGAAGUUUGGGGAUGCCUGUCCUAUUGUCUUCUGGGGCUAAUCCAAGAUGCUUAGAAAGUCCUAAACAUCUUGCCUUUUGCAUAUAUUACAGACUGCCUUUUCCUCCCAUCGUACAAUGAUCUCUUCAAUAAGCUGAGAAUGCCCAGCUAAUGAUCUCGGUACCAAACCAGAAAAGACAUCAAGCACAUGCAGAGUGUCAUUUGUGGUGGCUGUUGUAUUACUAUUGAACUCUUUCCAGGGAAACUUGCCAAAGCCAGAGCUAAGUUACCAGUAGAUUUGUUUGCAAGACCGUUCUUGACCAGAUGAGUGGGGUUAAUGUGACCAGAUGAGUUAUUGACCAGAUGAGUGGGAUGACAGAGGAUGAGAUGGUUGGACAGUGUUCUCGAAGCUACGAACAUGAGUUUGACCAAACUGUGGGAGGCAGUGCAAGACAGGAGUGCCUGGCGUGCUAUGGUCCAUGGGGUCACGAAGAGUCGGACACGACUAAACGACUAAACAACAACAACAAUGUGCAUUUCUUACCUGCUUAUUACUUUCAGUGGGUUGCAUGUCUGUAUUUUUUAUAUAAACAUAUAGGUAGAUAAACAUGGCUUAGAGUCAUAGAGUUGGAAGAGACCUCAAAGGGUCAUCUAGUUUGACCACAUGCCAGUAGAGCUUGAACCAACAGAACUUCAACCAUAUCAUGUCCAGCACAAGUGGAACAACGCCACUCUACCAGGCUAACUAGUGGAGGCGAUCCCACCAUUAAAAACUGCUUCCAAAUGUCAGACACAUGUGCUUGGGUCGUUGCAUCUGCUUUGCUUUCACGGCUGCCUCUGCAAAGUGCUUUCUCUCCCCUUCCCUUGGUGAAAUCUGUGCUGUUGCUCAUUUGUACCAUCUGCAGGAGCCACAGCUAGCCUGAUUGGAGAGGGAUGGGCGUCAGGGACUUUCCCCCCUGUUUCUUGGGAGCAAUGUGUGCGCAUUGAGAAGCAGCAAAUUCUUCCUCCAUGGGUGGCAAUAGCUUACUCAUAAUCUGUGGCUAUGUAUUCUUGGCCUUCUCUUCUAUUGUGCAGAGUUGCAGCCUUGCCCACAGAAGUGCAAGAGCCUUCAAACUGGUAGAGAGAGGAAGCAAAAAGAAAAAGAAAGAAUGCAUCUGAGGCCUUUUGAUUUGCAGGUGCAAAGAAGGAUGUGCAGAUUUGAGUUCCCCUCUUACAGGAACCACAUGCAGGUGUUGCUAACAUGUGAGAUUCCAACAUGAACCUACCAGGUAGAAGAAAUUCAUUAGCACAUGUGACUGACACUGUGAAACUGGGUUUCAACAGAUCCUGGGUAUUCAUUGCUCGCUAUAGAAAGUAAUCAUUCCUCCUUAGGCAUCACCCCGAUUAUUGAUUUUCUUAUGCCUAUACAUCACUAGCAGCUGCCAGUCACAUCCAUGCUAAAUGGAUCUUGAUUGGAUUCGGCAUUCAUGCAUGUACUGCAUAGUACAGCUUGUAUUGUUGGGCCUUUUGACCUCCUGCUGUGAAAACUGAAUACUUUCCCCUCCUUUAUUUCUUUGCACUCAGGGUGCAUGUGUAUGAUACAUGCACACUUUUAGGUGCCCACUUCAUGCAUCUGCCAAAGUGGGCUCUGUACUGACUGUGGCAGUUUGUAUGGCCAGUUGUCUGAACCAAAAUCCAGAAUUAAAGCAAAGGACUUAUUAUCUCCAAGUAAGAAAUAUAUCUAGAAGCCUCAAAUUAAGGAUAAAGGGAGUUGUCACAAUUUUCCAACAUGCCAGGGUUAAAAUAAAUCCUGAAAGUAAAAUGCCACAGGGGAAGUUACCGAAAAAGUCUGAAUUAGCAUUUCUCUUAACUGAACGUUAUCAUCCAUCUUUUCAGAGCUGCUGUUCCUUGUCUCGCAUGAGACCUUGAACAAAUGGUAUGAAGCAUAAUAUACGUCAGCUGGGGCCAAGCCUCUACCAUGCUCUCUCUUUUUAUUUCUGCAUUGCAUUGUGUUAAUGAUGCAUAAAUAAAUAUGCACUCCUUAGUUGUGGUCCAAUAGCUUACAGGUCUCCCAGAAGGUUGCAGUGUGGAGCAAAUAGCCCAUUCCUGGUGAAGUGAUAAUAACAGCAUCUACUCUGUGUGAUAAUUUGAAUUAUCUAGUUUGUCUGGUGUGAUCGUUCUUGACUAUCCCUUAUCAAAUAAAUAGUUGUGAUGAAUCAAAAGCUAAAUAUUAGGCAAAUACAACAUUAUACAUAGGCAGGUAGGCUUAAACUGAAUUGCUCUCGUCUGCUUCCUCCGGUUGUCAUCUUAGCUUCUUUCUGACUCAUAAUAAACUUUGUGAAAUUGGCUGUUGAAGUCCUUUGUGCAUUUCUGCCAGGCUGAAAGGGACUUACUUUUCAACACGCCUACGGUAGAUCAUUUUGGCAUCGCACUACACAUGCAUAUGAAUUGGGGAUCUGAGAGAAAAGCAAUCUGCGUUGGGUUCAGGGAAGAACCAGGUACAUAAGCUGGAUGCUAUCCCUGUUUACUGGGAAACCCAGUAAUUAACAAAACAAAACAACCCACCUGUACUGCCAACAACCCAUUUGUGGCAUAUCAAUGACCUAUUUACAGUAGCGCCCUUCCAGGUCUAAACUGUUGCAAGCUACUGAUGCUGCCGCCUUCAGCCAAAGUACUAAUUAAGAGCCUAAGAAUUGCCUGUGGAGCGUCAGACUUUUCUAGUCUGUGGCAGUGGCCAACCGGAUGCCCUCCUGAAGCUCCCAGGCAGAGAAAGAUGAAGAGAGCAAUUCCUUGCUAUUUUUCAGCCCUGGAUGUGAACGUGCAUCCUUUCCCACCAUGUGACUAUGCACAGUACCAGUUGCAUGUGUUUCUUUGAUUCAAGUCCAAUAUUGCCAAAUAUAAUUUGGUCUCUUCUAAGCUUUCCAUGCACUGGUUCACUCUGCUCUAGAGAAAUGCGUGGCUGUGAGACUGUGCCAUGCAGUGUGUUCCAAUAGUCUUCCAUUUUCAUUUUUGAUUUUG